AUGCGAAAAAUCAGAAACAGAAGCGAAAUUGUAAUACAAAGAUUUCUGGUUGAUGACUUUUCUUAUCGUAACUUUGAAUUUCUUACGUGGAUUCCACCAUUUUUAGAAAUAUUUAUAUAUAUUUUCAUUACAUUCAAUUCAUCGCUUACUUUCAUUUUUAUUGAAGGUACUUUUCUUUUCGGAAAGUUAUGCGAAAUACGCUAG